UCCUUGGAGGAAGGACCCCACAGAGCAAGGAAACCGUUUUUGACGAAGCUAAUUUCGUCGAUUUUUAGAUGAAUUAUCUUGACUGUGACGCCGCAUAGUUCGCGUCGCGAUGGCGCAGGAAAACGAUUUGGAAAAGCGUGCCAUAGAGGAGCUUCUGAGGGAAACUGACAGAGCCAGAGUGAGAGCUGAGACCAUGGGCCCUGCAGGAUGGUUGAAGUGUCCUCUGCAGAGCACCAACAAGCGCUUCCUCCUCAACACUCUGCGCUCCACCGGCUCCCAGCAGCGCACCAGCAGUGAGCCCAGAGCCAGGUACUCUGAGACAAGUUCACUCCUCAGGAGCAAGGUCCACGACAGAAAGCUGGACCGCAGCAGAUCGCCUCCUCGAGAUGGUAGGGGCGAUAGUGGCCAUACAGACCAUAAAAAACACCACCACAGAGACAGCACGAGAAAUAAAGACAAGAAAGAGGACAGAUGCAAAGAGAGGAGUCACAGACAUGGAGAUAAAAGGGACAGGAGACAUGGGAAAGAUGGGCAGAAUGGACAUAGACCUCAUGAAUGAAGGGGACACACGACUGAAACUGUGAGCAACCUCACACACCUGCUGUUUACCUUUUUUGUUUCUACUGAAAAAGCAAAAAGAUGACAAGGUGGACGACUGUCUUACACGUUAGAUAAUUACAUUUUUAACCUUUUAACUAUUUAAUACAGUAGAUUUAGUUGGGUUGGUUAAAGUGGAUGAAGAAGAAAACAAUAGGCUUUCAUUUGUUUUUUUUUCCAUAUCCUUUGCUUUAAUAUCACUCAUAAUUUGGUGUCAUUCUAAUUCAGCGACAGUAAAAGGAGGCUUGUUUUCCAUUAUAAUGCCAUUAUCAUUCUCCUGUCAUUCAACGGUCCUAGUGUUUACACAAGUCUUGCCGCUGUCGCCACUGGGAAAGCACAUUUCUUCACGUGUCCCAACUUUUUGACGUGUAUAUUCUCGAUAUCAGAAACAGUUUUGUUUGUCAAAGGAGAAAAAGAAAAUACACUCUUUUGUCCACAUCCUCUGAUACACCAUGAGUAGGAUAAUAGUAAUUUAACUAGGCAAAUAAAAUAAUACCUACUCUUACUAUAAUGGCUAAA